CAGGGUUGGGGUCAGAGGGGUGGGAGGCUUGGCUGAGACCUGGCAGAGGAUGGGAGAGCUUGACUGGUUUGGAUGGGGGCCAAGGGCUGAGGGGCAACUAACUUGGCCAAGACUAAGGAUAUAGGAUACAGCAGGCUGAGGAAUGGGAAUGAGGCUGACAUGAAUGCGAAGAAGGACUGUGGCAGAAUAAUGGUUCAGCCAUGGCUGGUCAGAGGAUGGGACAGUUUGCUGGCAUGGAUGGGGGAGGGCUAGUAGGGGUGGUCUGGCAAGGAUUGAGCUGAGGAUGGGAAACCUUGUUUGGCAUGAAUGGGGUGGGGAGUAUUGGGCAGGUAGUUUGACCAGGACCAGAAUUGAGGAGAUAAGUGAAGAGUUUGGUUGGAGUGAAUGAGCAGGGGCCAAACAGUUUGGCUGAGAACUAGCACUGGCCAUAGGGAGAACAGCAGAAGAAGUUGGCAAGAGUGCAGGGCUGGGGCCAAGGAAUCAGCAGCCUAACUGAGUCAAGGGUCUGUAUUUUAAAACUUGGAAGCAGGUCCAAUCUGUAGUUGGUGUCCGAAGGAUUCAAAGUCUGGAACUGGAGCUAUAGACCGAGGAGCAGAUGGUAGGUCCAGAGUUGGGAUGAAGGGCUGGAAGAUGGAGACAAAACCAUCAAAGGCCAAAGCUGAACCAUCAAAGAACCCAGUAUUGGCUGCAAAGGGUAGGGAAAGCCAAGGGAAGGUUCUGGGGGCUCCAGAGUUCAGAUGGGAAGUGGAGGGUCAGUAGGAAAUGGCACAGCUCAAUUCAGGGUUGGUAAUAUCCACUAGGGCCUGGGGGCAUCCACUCUCCUUCGGUAUAGAUCUAGGAAAAACCCCACUCUGCUUAAUGUCUACAGAAUUGACAAGUGGCCCCCAAGCUAGGGAGCCUGAACACUAGUGAUUGCAGGCACUGCCCACCACCACUGGAAGUCCUCGGGGGAUGUGGAAGUACUCAGAAGCUCCUCUUAGUCUUUAUUGAGAGGAUAUUUUGAGGAGCAGAGCCCAUGGUUUAGAGAUGAACGGAUCAGGAAGAGGCACAGAGAGGAGGUUGAGCAGGAAUAGAUUCAGAUUUAGGGGCUGGUUUUGGUUUGUGUUUUGCAGAGAAUUGUGUAACUCCAGAGAUUGCUAGAUUUCCUCUCCCUGAGGGAGAAACCGCAGAACACUACUCUUUUCCCAGAGCAUACACCCCACUGCCCCUCUUCCUUCUGUCCAGGAAAUGCAGGGCAGGAAGCACUUUGAGAAAUCAGCCAAUCUGAUUCCCCCAUUUUACAGAAAGGAGCCUGAGGCACAGAGAUAAGAGGUGACUUGCUCAAGGGCAGAGACUAUAUGAGAAACAGAGGUUCUGCCUCCCAUUCCAGGCCCUCCUCCCACUCCUGGCAUCCCCUGUUCCUUCCACACUGUAGAGUAAGCCACCUACCUCACUGGUGGAGGCUGAACCAAUCUGCUCUCUGGCUUCCAGAGACAUAACCUCCUGCAUUGCCAGCCUACCCUCAGGGCCCUAGUUCAGGCCAUCAGAGCUGCCUGGCUAAGCCCAAGGAAUCCUUGGCAGAACAGAUUGUGCCCACUCUCAGGGAGGUGGCUGCCUUCUCUGAGUUCCCUGGAGGAAGUACACAAACUCUGAAUUUGGGCAGAUCUGGAAUCCAGUCCUGGUUCCCUCAUCUUCUGGCUAUAUGACUUUGGACAACUUAACCUCACUGAGCCUCACUUUCCUCAUCUACAAAAUCAGGGAGAAUAAUGCUGCCCAGGCUGCCACAUAGAGCUGUGCAGUUCACUGAAAAAGACCCUCAGCCAGGGAGUUAGUGGAGGGUCAAGACCCAGCCUGAGAUCUGCUUGCAAAGGUGGGCACUCUGUGUAAUGCUCUGUCUGCCUGAGUGAAGGAGCACCUUCUUUUUGCUUGUACAGAGACAAUACAUGGUGUCCUCAAUAGCUAUCAUCUCAUUAGUGGCUUUGAGAGCCCAGUGAGAUGAUACACAGCACUUGCCUGUAGCACAGGUUCAGAAAAGGCAUGCUCCCUUCCUACACCCAAGUUCUUCUUAAGCUUGCCCCUCAUCUUAUCUACCAUCUCCCCAUCUCUCCAGGGCUCAGCCUUUUGCUAUUUUCCUUGCUUCUGGCUCGAGCUGGUGUCUGGGGAUUCCCGAGACCACCUGGGAGGUCCCCCUUGAGCCUGCAGGAGUUGCGGAGGGAGUUCAAGGUCAGCCUGCAUCUUGCCAGGAAGUUGCUCUCUGAGGUUCGGACCCAGGCCCACCAUUUUGCUGAAUCUCACCUGCCAGGAGUGAGCCUGAACCUCUUGCCCCUGGGAAAUCAGCUUCCCAAUGUUUCCAUGACUUUCCAGGCCUGGCGCAGCCUUUCUGACUCAGAAAGACUCUGCUUCCUCUCUGUGAUGCUCCACUCCUUUCAUGCCUUGUUGGGAGGGCUGGGGAGCCAGAAGGGCUGGACCAGCUCAGAGAGGAUGCAGCUGUGGACCAUGAGGCUGGAUCUCCGGGACUUGCAGCGGCAUCUCCACUUCCAGGUGCUGGCUGCAGGAUUUAACCUGCCUGAGGAGGAAGAGAAUGCAGAGGGUAAGGGGCUGCUCCUAAGGGCUCUGGGCAGCCCCGCACAGAUGGCAGCCCACGUGUCCUGGCCUCAGCUCAUCUACACCUACCAGUUGCUGCACUCCUUGGAGCUUGUCCUGUCUCGGGCUGUACGAGACUUUCUUCUGCUCUCCCAAGCUGGGAACCCAACCCAGGCUUUGGGAUGCCUAACACCCAGCUCCCAGCCCCCAUGCAGUGACUUCUUAGCCCCUCCCCUUCACCCUUUAGGACUUUAGGACUGUCAUCUGGGCAAACAGGGCAGC